AUAAAAGUCUCUGGAAAAAAGGAAAAUGUCAAAGAAGCGAAAGAGAAAAUCAUGUCUGUCUUAGACACAAAAAGCAAUCGAGUGACCUUGAAGAUGGAUGUUUCACAUACAGAACAUUCUCAUGUGAUAGGUAAAGGUGGCAAUAAUAUUAAAAAGGUAAUGGAGGAAACGGGAUGCCAUAUCCAUUUUCCAGACUCAAAUAGGAAUAAUCAAGCAGAGAAAAGCAACCAAGUGUCUAUUGCAGGACAGCCAGCAGGAGUGGAGUCUGCAAGAGUUAGAAUUCGGGAGCUGCUUCCAUUGGUACUCAUGUUUGAAUUGCCUAUUGCUGGAAUUCUCCAACCAAUCCCAGAUCCAAACUCUCCCACAAUUCAGCAUAUAUGUCAGACAUAUAAUAUUUCAGUUUCCUUUAAACAACGCUCUCGAAUGUAUGGUGCUACAGUCAUUGUCAGAGGGUCACAAAAUAACACUAGUGCUGUGAAGGAAGGAACAGCCAUGCUUUUAGAACACUUAGCUGGGAGCCUGGCCUCUGCAAUCCCUGUGAGCACCCAACUAGACAUUGCAGCACAGCAUCAUCUCUUUAUGAUGGGUCGAAAUGGCAGUAACAUCAAACAUAUCAUGCAGAGGACUGGUGCUCAGAUCCACUUCCCUGACCCUAGUAACCCACAGAAGAAAUCCACUGUCUACCUCCAGGGCACAAUUGAGUCUGUCUGUCUUGCCAGGCAAUAUCUCAUGGGUUGCCUUCCUCUUGUGCUCAUGUUUGAUAUGAAGGAAGAAAUCGAAGUAGAACCACAGUUUAUAACACAGCUCAUGGAGCAGUUAGAUGUCUUCAUAAGCAUCAAGCCGAAGCCAAAGCAACCAAGCAAGUCUGUGAUUGUAAAAAGUGUUGAACGAAAUGCCUUAAAUAUGUACGAGGCACGGAAAUGUCUCUUGGGACUCGAAAGCAGUGGAGUUGCCAUAGCAUCAAAUCCUUCUGCUGUCUCGUGCCCUGUUGGUCUGUCUUGCCCUGGUUUGGAUAUCUUGUCCUCAGCAGGACUGGGACUCACUGGGCUUGGCCUUCUAGGUCCAACAGCCCUGUCAGUCAACACUUCAACUACUCCAAACUCUCUGUUGAAUGCCCUUAAUAGCUCUGUGAGUCCCCUGCAGAGUCCAAGUUCAGGCACGCCUAGUCCCACACUAUGGGCAACGUCUCUUGCUAACACAAAUGCCACAGGUUUUUCUGCUAUUCCACACCUAAUGAUACCAUCUACUGCCCAAGCAACCUUAACUAGUAUUCUCUUGUCUGGAGUACCUAAUUACAGUCAAAACACUCCAUCUCCACCACCUGGCUUGACUCCUGUUGAAGUCCAUGUUAAUGGCAUGCAAUCAGAAAGUAAAAAAGUCUCACCUUUAAAUGGUCAUGUCAAGACCUCAAAUAUCAAGUAUGCUGCACUGUCUGCCACAUCGCUAGGAGAAAAUGUGUUGAGCACAAACCACAGUGAUCCAGUGAGACAAGCAAGUACUCACAGUGCCUCAGAACAAGUGGCUGCCAAGUCAAAUAGUCCAGAAGGUUGCAAUGAUGCCUUUGUAGAAGUGGGCAUGCCGAGAAGUCCGUCCCAUUCAGCCAAUACCAACGACCUGAAGCAGAUGAUGAGUUCUUCCAAACAGGGCUGUGCUAAGAGACAAACAGUUGAAUUACUGCAAGGCACUAAAAACUCUCACUUACA